AAGCUUUGUCCUUUGGACACUUCCUGGUUCAGACACUUCUCCUCUGCUCUCAUGAAAACAUAUGUUCACUUUUACUUUUACUUUUUUUACAGAUUUUAUAAAGAGGACAAACCUGACAGACCGCUCAGGUAAGACAAAGCUCAAAUGAAAUGGCUCAAGAGGGAACAAGCCGAGGAUACACUGAUGCAGGCCUGAUGUGUCCCUACUCCAGUCUGACCACCAAAGAACUGCAGCAGAACUGGCGAGAGGAGAAGAGACAAGAGCGCCCCCGCUGGCUGCUGUUUGAACUGCCCUCACACAGGGUCAGAGAGACGGUAUUCAGCAGACAUGUGGUUUACGAGAUUGUCAUCAUGCGCUCUGGCAGCUUCGACUCUCACCGCGUCUCCAUCGAACGCCGCUACAGCGACUUCGCCAAACUCCACCAAACUCUGCUGGACGAAUUCCAAGAAGAACUCGACGAAAUCCUGCUCCCAAAAAAACUCCUCACUGGCAAUUUCAACCCGGAGCAACUGCUGGAACGCCGGCUAGCACUACAAGACUACAUCGCUAAACUGUACGCUAAAAGAUGUGUGCGCUACUCUGAACACUUCGCUAACUUUUUCACCCAUCAAGAAAUGAAAAAAGCGCAUAAUUUACUACGCGCAGGACAGUUCACACAGAGUUUAGAGUUGCUGCAGCUCGUGUUGGAGAUCCAGGAGAAACUAGCUCCGUGGCAAAGCCCUACCUUUAUGGUGCCUACAUUAGCGGCUUUGGCGGUUUGUCACAGGGACUUGGAGAAGCCGGAGGAGGCCUACGAAUCUGCGCACCGAGCCCUGCCUGCCGUGAGGAGGUACCGGCUCAAUGCGAUGGAGUACCACGCGCCCCUGCUGCAGAUGCUGGUGGAUUUGGGGUACUCUUUGGGGCGCCCCGUGGGUCAAAUGCAAGAGGAACUGAUGGCUUUGAGGGACGCGGAGAGAGGGAGGGUGGACACGAGGUCGCUGAAGGAGAUAGUGGUGCAUAAGUUUGUUUGAAAGGAUUGUGAUCUGCCCGUUAUAAUUAGGGCUGGGUAUCAUUAAGAAGUUGCCGAUACGAUGCAUACCUCGAUACAUAGGUCAUGAUAUGAUACAUAUCUUGAUACAGUGCACUUUUGAUUCGAUGCAAUAUAUUUCAAAUCGGUUACACCCUUAUCAUCAGAAAGCCCACUAGUCAGAAAAUCAUUACCUCUUCUAUUGGUUUGUCAGCAACAUUUCUCUUGAACAAUUGAAUGUAUAUUUGAUGAAAGCAACAGGGAAUAAUCCCUGGAUAUCAGGGAAGAAUCAGUAAACUUUUGGAUGUAUACCAAUUAAAAAUUCCUGCAACAUCAACAUUUUAGAGAUAUUGACAGGAAAACGCAAAAUCAUGCAUAACAGCAUUAGCUAAGACCAGCAUGACUUAAUUUGUUGGUUUACAAACCCACCAAUGCUAUAUUAAAAGAAAAAGAUUUAAAAUAAAAUUGAAAUGAAGAUUGUAGAGCUCGAAUUACUGAACAUUUUGCAAGUUGUUGCCUGAAAAUUAGACAUUUAUUAUCCCAGCAGUCACCUCCAGUCUCUCUCUCUAAAACCUUCAAAUCAGGCAAGAAAUCUAGGGGUAAUAAUGGACUCAGACUUGAACUUUAACAGUCACAUAAAAUCAAUAACAUCUGCAGCCUUUUACCAUCUAAAAAACAUAGCAAAAAUCAAAGGUUUACUGUCUAAAUCAGACUUGGAGAAACUUAUCCAUGCGUUUGUCUCCAGUAGAUUAGACUACUGUAAUGGUCUGCUCACUGGUCUCUCCAAACGAGCUGUGAGACGCUGCAGAACAUCCAGAACGCUGCAGCUCGGGUCCUUACUCGAACUAGGAAGUACGAGCACAUAAGUCCUGUGCUCAGGUCUCUGCACUGACUUCCUGUGCCUCAGAGAAUAGACUUUAAAGCAGCUCUGCUUGUGUACAAGUCUCUCCAUGGCCGAGCACCAAAGUACAUCUGUGACAUGUUAGUGUCAUAUGAACCAUCUCGCACUCUGAGGACCUCAGGGACCGACCUCCUGCUGGUGCCCAGAGUCAGAACUAAACAAGGGGAGUCAGCGUUUCAGGUUCAUGCAGCUAAAACCUGGAACAGUCUUCCUGAACAUGUGAGACAGGCCUCUUCUGUGACGCUGUUUAAAUCCAGACUCAAAACAUUUCUGUUUAACUGUGCAUAUAACUGAAAGGUUUUCAUUCCGCACUCUUCUCUCCAAUUUAUGUCUCUCUUUUUAAUUUUAAUCUUCAUGAUUAUUUAUGUUUUGAUUUGUUUUUAUUAUGAUUUUAAUGUAUUUCUUAUUCUGUAAAGCACUUUGAAUUACUUUGUGUACGAAUUGUGCUAUACAAAUAAACUUGCCUUGCCUUG